AGGAAGUGAAAGCAAGUCCCCGCCCUUCUGAAUGUCAACUGAAUCAUGAGUCCAGGGUUGUCUCCUCCCCACUCCCGUCCUGCAGCUGCACUCCUCUCUUAACUCCUCUCUCGCUUCUUUAUUCUGAUCUUUGCAGCAAAAAUGGCCACAGCUGGUAAGAUCAUUAAGUGCAAGGCAGCAGUGGCCUGGGAGCCCAACCAGCCUUUGGUGAUUGAGGACAUUGAGGUAGCCCCGCCCCAGGAGGACGAGGUCCGCAUCAAGAUUGUGGCGACUGCGGUGUGCCACACGGACCUGUACCAGCUGUUUGAGAACACUCAAAAAGACAACUUCCCAGUAGUCCUUGGACACGAGGGAGCCGGCAUCGUAGAGAGCGUCGGGCCUGGAGUCACUGAAUACCAGCCAGGAGACAAGGUCAUCCCUCUGACCAUCGGCCAGUGUAGAGAAUGUCGCUUCUGUAAGAGUCCAAAGACGAACCAAUGUGACAAAGGAUGGUUACCCCCAGUAUCCAGGUUUACCUGUAAGGGGAAGAAGGUGCUCCAGUUUGUAGGAACCAGUACCUUCUCUGAGUACACUGUGGUUAACCAGUUGGCCGUGGCUAAGAUCGACCCCGCUGCCCCACUGGACAAAGUCUGUCUCAUUGGCUGUGGGAUCUGCACAGGAUAUGGAGCAGCAGUUAAUAAUGCUAAGGUGGAACCGGGUUCCACAUGUGCUGUGUUCGGCCUUGGAGCUGUGGGUUUGGCUGCAGUCAUGGGCUGUAAGGAUGCAGGAGCCAAGAGGAUUAUCGCUGUUGACACCAAUCCAGAGAAGUUUGAGAAAGCCAAGGAGUUCGGCGCGACAGAAUUCGUGAACCCCAAGGAUCACAGUAAACCCAUCAGCGAAGUGCUGUCUGACAUGACUGACGGAGGAGUGGACUUCUCCCUGGAAUGUGUCGGGAAUGUGGGAGUCAUGCGCAGUGCCUUGGAGUCUUGUGUGAAAGGUUGGGGCGUCAGCGUGAUUGUCGGCUGGACAGAAUUGGAAGACUUUUCUGCUCGACCCGUUCAGCUCAUCGCUGGACGCACAUGGAAGGGCUCUGUGUUUGGAGGAUAUAAGGGUAGGGAUGCCGUGCCUCAGAUGGUUAAAGCCUACCUGGACAAGAAGUUGAAGGUGGACGAGUUCAUCACUCACAACAUGACUUUGGACCAGGUCAAUGAUGCCAUUGAACUGAUGAAGCAUGGGAAAUGCAUCCGGACGGUCCUGAAUGUCUCUCCAAAAUAACACCACUGUGUUGCUACACUCAAAUAAUGCAAUGCACAUAAUAAAGAGAUCUUUCAAAUGAUGCACACUGUACAUGCUGAACAGUGUUCAUAUGAGCAAAAGCUAAACACGUCAGGUGUUUACAGAGCAAAAUAAAUGGUCUCAACAGA